UUUGUAGCACAUUACCUAUUUAACAUAGCAGAAAUGUUAGUGGGUAUAAUAAUAUUUCUUCUAUUGGUCACUAUUUAUUUAAAGUAUGUUGAAAUUUACUCAUUCUGGAGAAAGAAGGGUGUUAUCGGACCUACACCUUAUCCGUUUGUUGGGAAUUACGCACCGUUUAUAUUUGGAAGACUAAGUGAAGCAGAUUUGUUACGGAAGAUAUAUGAACAGUACCCAAAUGAAAGGUUUGUUGGAAUGUACAAAGGAGUCCGACCUGUUCUUCUACUCAGAGACCCUGAAUUGAUUAAGCUUGUGAUGGUCAAAGACUUCAAAUACUUCUCCGACAGAUGCAUUGAGAAGACGUUGCAGCUUGCCAAGAGCGUGUUCACGUUGAAAGGAAAUGAAGAAUGGCACGCAAAAAGAAAAUUGAUGACACCUCUGUACACAUCGAGCAAACUAUCCAAAAUACUUCCUUGUAUUCAAAAAUCUGCUGACAAUUAUGCGAAAUAUGUGAAUUAUCUGAUCGAUAACAAUAUCGACCAUGAGAUUCAUAAUCUACAAUCCAAGUUCAUGCUGCAAAACGUUGGAAUCUUAACAUUUGGUGUAGAAAUCGACCCUUUCUUUGGUGACAACGAACUUGAGACAGCUUUGAUAGAAACUACUAUCAAUCCUCAUCUAAUAAAUUCGCCACUACAUAUAGCCAACUACGUGUGUCCAUCACUAUUGAAAAUGUUAGCACCCCUCUUCCGAAUAAUAUAUCUGAGAAGACUGAUGAGCUUCGGCCAUUAUAUAACAUCAUUAAUUAAUAAGCCACGAGACGGUAAUGAUAUGAGUCACAUAUUUCUAAACCAUAUGGUGAAUCUUAAAUCUCGAGAUGAGAAAGUGCUUAACAGUAAACUGCAUGCAAUAGUAAAUAACACAGACAUAAUAGAGCAGACUUUGACAAUAGCUUUAGCUAGUUACGAGACACCGUCUAUUCUGUCAGGAAUGAUUCUUCACGAACUGGCUCUUCAUCAGGAGAUUCAAGAAAAAUGUUACCAAGAAAUCACGUCUGUGUUUGACAAACAUAAUGGACAACUAUCUUUGCAAGCUUUAAGUGAGAUGAAGUACCUGGAUAUGGUAUAUGAAGAAGCUCUAAGAUUGCAUCCCAUGUCGCACGUCCUUGAUCGAAGACCUACAGCUAAAUAUACUUUGCCAGACACGAAUUUGACUGUAGAUAAAAAUGUGUUUAUUUUCAUACCGACCCAUGGACUGCAACUUGAUCCGAAGUAUUACAAGGACCCCUGUAAGUUCGAUCCGGAUAGAUUUUUGCCAGAAAACAAGGAUAAGAUAACUUCAUACACUUAUUUGCCGUUUGGAUUCGGACCAAGAGCAUGUUUAGGUAUAAGAGCAUCAAAAGUGUUAGUAUUAUCAAAUAUUUCUUUAUUUUUAAAAAGGUUCAAGGUAUCACCGUCUUCUAAAACUAAAGCAGUAUUGAAGUUAGAUCCAAAGAGACUGCUUACCACUGUACCAUUGGGUGGAAUUUGGAUGAAAAUAGAACAUAGGAAUUGAUAAGAAAUAAGUUAAGGUAUAAAAUUAGAUUGACAAUUGUCGAAUGAUGCGUCGCGUCGUGGCCAUAGUAAUGUCUGUCUCAUUACUAAUCAUUGAACCUCUUGUUGUAUUGCGUUGUUACUAACUAAAUUAUUUAUUGCACACAAUAAAUAUUUUUCGUUUAAACGUCAUGGACGUUUAAACGAAAUAUUGAUUUAAUGUUAAUGUUUAGAUUGUAGUAUUUCCUUGUUUUUCUUCUUACUCCUCCUACGUUUAAAACUCCUUCGCAUUCAUUAAAAUCUUAUACAUAAGUUGUAGGUACAUGUUAUACAUAGGUAUCAACGAUUGAUGGAUCCAUCUCCACACUUGGUUGGCGAUUUGGUGAACCCUCGAGAAGAGGAGCAUGGUGAAUAAUGUAAUUAUAUUGCUGCCUUUUAAAAGACAGCGAUCCUAUAGGCCAUAAUCUAAAAUUAAAUAAUAACUUAAAAUUGCACAUUGAUAAUUUUGAAACCGAACAACCUAUUAGGCACCCAAUGUUAUGCUAGGAAUCGAAACCGAACCCCCUCGCUCGACUCUCGUAUUUACAAACACUCAAAUAAUGCGUAAUUUUUAAUGCUGUUUAUUAAAAUAGAUAAGUAACAAGUAAUAUUUAAUAUACAUAACAUAAUAUAUUUUCAUUACUCGUGGUUCUACACUGCACGAACAUGAAAAGUCGUGACAUGAACCGAUAAACACUAAACACAAUUAUAAUGAUACCCUGACAAAUACAUAAACAACAAUUUAUCGAAGUAGAUAAUAUGUUGUACAUUAAAACCGUAUCGUAAACGAGCAGACGGAUCACCUGAUGGUAAGCAAUCGCCGCCACCCAUGGACACCCGAAACACCAGAGGCGUUACAAGUGCGUUGCCGGCCUUUUGGAGGUUAGGAAUUUAAGGGAAUCUGAGAUUGGGAAGGGGAGUAAUUGGUGAUGACAAAUUGGAAUACA